UUAAGCCUUGAUGCCUGUGAAUCAAUGUGCUCUAGUGGUAUUGUUAAACAAAACAAACAAACUUUCUUGAUGCGUGUUAGGAUCAACAGUUAAUGAUAUCGGCUACCUGUUCAACAGAGUUCCUUUCUUGCAUGACACAUUCCGGCGAACGCGAGGUGUGAAGUUUCUCAAACACACAACACCUGGUCUGUGUUUGUAAUACGGGACAGUGAAAGGGAAAACAUCAAAGGUGAGUAGCAAGUUGCUUGAUACAUCCACAGUUCUAAUCAGCUAAUGGACCCAUUGCUAAAGCCAGAGGUAGGCUCGUUUAGCAUCUGUGUACAGCUUGCGUGAUUUUCCUAACAGUUGAUUGUAAUUCCUGGUGUCGAUUGUAAUUCCUGGUGUCGCGUCUUCCCUUUGAUGUGUUUUUACUUACACUGGAUCAGGGAUUAUUUGGGUCAGAACAAGAACUUACCUGUCAUAACGACCUCUGCAUACCUGAGGUGAAAAAGGUAAACAUCUUCAUACAGGUGUUUUUCCUUGGGACGCGUUUUCCUCAACUGACUGGAAUUCUUGAUUAAGAAAUGAAACCAGUCAGCAUGAUGUUACUGUGGUAAAAGUGGGAGUAAAGACAUUCAACAUGGCUGAAGCAGCAAAACCCAAAACAAUGGAGGAGCUCCAAGAUGAUGCCAAAUUGAGGCCAUUAUUAAUACAUGAAGAAGAAAGGGCAGAUAACUCUACACCACAGAUAUCUGUAGCUGAUUCGAACUCCUCCAAAACUCCUCAAUCACUGCAAGUACAUGCUCAACAGGCAGGCAAGAUGGAUUCUGACACCGACUUUUCAGACUUUGAGUGCAAUACGUUUGCAAAACGAGUGUUACACUCACCGCGUAUUGGGAUGAAAAAAGACCCCCCCUCCCACAUCUUCGGCCUGACAUCAUCAAACCAGAGCACCUCUGAACCCUGGGAACAGGAAUCUAGGAAGCAGAAUCAUUCCAUGAACCUGGGUCUUGAGCCCAACUCCCAUAUGGACAGUGAACAUAUUUCUGCCCAUUUCAUUUCGAAAAGUCAACCGCAACACUCUAAAAUGUCGGAGACAUCGAGUUACGACAGCAAUACCGACACAGACUCUGCGUCUGACACCUCUUCCUCUCCACUGAGAUCAGGACUCAUUGGUACGUAUGGGAAACUUGCAGCAGACGGCAAGACAAGUCUGUCUGAAACAUACUCCGACGGAUCGGUUGAUGAGCUGGUCUUAAGCCGACUUCCAGGAGAAAAUCUUGGACUCGUGUUCGCGGUGGAGGGAGGCAGACUCAGCAGGGAGCCCAUCAGUUCAGUCUUUGUCAAAGAGGUCGACGAAAAUGGCGUCGCUUUCCGGAAAGGGAUUCGGGUCGGGGACAAGAUUCUGGAAAUCAAUGGCAUCAUCCUGAACCGGCUGUCGCACGAUGAAUGUGUCUCCGUGAUUCAGGAGAUGCCGCUGCAGAUUCUCCUCCACAUCAAGAGAGUCAGACAGCAGAAGAAGCUGACCUUCAAACAGAAGCUCCAGGCUCGGGAGAAGAAGUUUAACGCCCAGUGGGAGAUCAUGGGCAAGGAAUUUGAAAAGUCUGAGUAUCUUGCAGAUAGUAGUAUUGACAAAAGACCCAACUCUAAUGGAGUAAAUACUAGCAUGGUGUUCAGUUCGGAUGGUGAUGAUUCAGAUUUCGAGGAGGGAUUUACAGUUCAUGAAGUUCAUCUUCAGAAGUCGUCCAGUGAGAGUUUGGGGCUCAGUGUGGUUCCCAGCUAUGGUGCUACUAGAAACCUCUAUCAGGUAACCAGUUACAUUUCAAGUAGCCAUGUAGUUCUCAGUGUUUAGUAAGGCAUUAUCAAAUAAAUGUAACAUGUUCUGAACCACAAGUAUUUUAUUCAUUAGGGUUUUCAGCAGAUACAGAAUUAUCAGGUAACAGUUUGCUUAUUUUUAAUUACUUUCGUGCAUUAGGUUUUUCAACGGGGAUGGUCAUAAGCUUAUGAGACAUG